AUGUCUGAUUUGAUUGAAUUGCAGAGAAGGUACCUGAUAGGGGCUCUGAGUCAGAUCGAGACGAAAAAUAACUUGAAGUUUUUGAUUAUCGAUAAAACUGUAGAGACUAUAUUAAGCUACCUUUUCCUCACGCCUCAAGAACUUCUAAACAAUGUCACUUCUGUCGAUUUGAUUGAUUCCCCCACAAGGAAAGGCCAGUCCUCGAUUGAUGCUAUUUAUAUAUUGGAGCCUACAAAGUACAACAUCAAUUGUAUCGACGCUGACUUUAUCGCCAGACCAUCAAAGUACAGAAAAUGUCACAUUAGAUUUUUACCGGGGUUAACUAACCCUAUAUUCCAGUUUUUCCAAUCAAAACGUUAUAUUGCUCAAAAUUUGGAGUCAUUCAAGCCCAUUGAAUUGGGAUUUUUCGUCAAAGAGUCCCAAUUCUUUCAAACUUUACAAAUUGAACACUCAUUACAGGUUUUUUACAACGACAGCUGCAAAGCCCUAAUUCCCACUAAUGUGAGAAAGGUUGUGGGCUCUUUGGUUAGUUUGUGUGUCAUUACUGGAGAAUAUCCGAUUGUCAGGUAUUCUGUGCCAAAUCCUAUAGAGGAGGAAGACGCCCGUAGUGGAAAUACCGCGGUCAACUCAAAUUCUUUGACUAGGUCUAUUGCGAAUGCUUUCCAGAUAGCGAUUGAUACAUAUGCUCGUAACAAUCCAGAUUUUCCUCCUCCAAAUACUGAAAGGCCGCGGUCUAUUCUGGUAAUCACUGAUAGAACGCUGGACCCUUUUGCCCCAAUAUUGCAUGAUUUCAGUUAUCAAGCAAUGGCCUAUGACUUGGUCCCCAAUGUGGACACACGAAAGGAUGUAUACCACUAUUCUGCAGAGAACGAAGCAGGUGAACAAGAGGAAAAAGUUUCAAAAUUGGUGGAUUUGUAUGAUCCUGACUGGAUUGAUUUGAAACAUCAACAUAUCAUGGAUGCUAACGAAUACAUUCAGGGCAGGAUCAAAGAAUUAAUUGCAAAAAAUCCACUUCUCGUUGACAGAUCAAACGUAAAGAAUACUACCGAUUUAUUAAGUGUAGUAGCACACUUAAAAGAUUUUGACGAAGAAAGGAGAAGGUUGAUUUUACAUAAAACUUUGGUUGACGAAUGUUUAGGGCAAAAUGCGGAAAGAAAGUUGGCCGACAUUUCUACCAUUGAACAAAGCCUAUCCGGAUUUGGAAUGGAUUUUAGUGGUGAGAAAAUAAGGCAUAUCGUUAAUGAUCUCUUACCUGCAUUAGCGAUGAAGGAACCAACAACAUUGGAUAAGCUGCGUUAUAUUAUUGCAUAUGCCCUUUUCAGAGGUGGAAUUAUUGAGUUGGACUUCAUCAAACUACUAAAUUUUAUUGGAAUUACUCAUGAACAUGAAAAAUACCAAAAGUAUCUGAAAAUCUUCAGAAAUUACGGUCUGAUAAACUUCAAAUUGAUUAAAGAUAAACCAAAGGAUAAACCGUUUCUAAAGGAAUGGUUUCAUGAUACUUUAGUGAAUGAUCCAAAUAUCUACCACACUUCAAGAUUUGUUCCAGCUGUAGGAAAUAUUUUGUCAAAAGUUAUAGCGAAUCCCCUGUUAUUGAGCGAACAAUAUUUCCCUUAUUUGAAGGACAAACCAAUCGAACUAUUGAACGAAGAAGAAUUUCAGGCUGGGUUGGCGAACACGUCCGCUAAUUCUUCCUCAUCCUUGAGGAAUCCACGCCAUAAAGCAGCUUGGACCACGAAAAGCCCGAAUGUAAAGAAGAACAUAGCAAGACAAAGAUUUUUUUAUUACAUUAUUGGUGGUAUAUCAGUUUCUGAAAUAAAAGCUGCUUAUGAUCAGUCAAACUUGAAAAAUAGAGAUAUUUUCAUAGGCAGUGACGAAAUUUUAACCCCAACCAGGUUCUUAGAUGAAGUGGAAUAUUUACAAAACUCAAGAGAAUUUUUCAAAUUUAAGGAAGAUCAAUGCCAGCAAAUAAACCCACCUGAUUUCCUUUUGAGAGAAAUGAAACCAGUAGCACAACCAGUCUCCCAUGUUCAUUUGAAAAGUCAGAAUGACGGACCCAAGUCUGGUACUUCUACUCCAAAAGUACCGGGCUCUCCAAGGCCAGAGGUCCCUGAAAAAGAGAAAAAACGUAGUAAAUUUUCAAGAUUCUUAAGAAAAUCACACCAUGAUAAAUGA